AUGACCGUAACCGCCUCAGACGAGACAGCAUUCGACGAGGGAUCAACUUGGGGCAUUGUACUUCGGGAUGUCUUCUCAAAGUCGGUGGACUUUUUCCAUCGCAUGCUGCCUGUCUAUGAGCAGUUGGAUUUGGAAGGAAGGUCGGAUAUACCAGAGUUCCACCCUUCCAUAUGGAACUUCUUCUGGUCACCCAACUUGUAUCUUGCUGUCUUUGUGAAUGUAUUGAAUAAUAGAAUUAAUGCUAUAAUUGCGCCUCGUACACCAAGACCGCUGCCAACAUACAUUCGAUUCGCAAUACGAUUGCCAUGUUUUUAUUUGAUGAUAAAAUCAGCAUUAGUUCUGAUUGCUUGUAUUGCAGACGAGAGGCAAUGGACACAAGAGUAUAUGAGUAGUCUGCUUAAAGGCUACAGCAUGGAGUAUACCGAUGCACAAGCUUUGUGGUUAUGUUUAAAGUCUCUGUCAGCGGUUUAUGUUAUGAAACAAUUUCAUUCAAGCAUGGAGAACAGGAGUCUCCCAGGGCGAGAACAAGCAACUAAUCUGUAUGAAUGGGCUCUCUUAUUCCACUUAUACGUCUCUAAUCGUCAUCCGAAUACCGAUCUGCUUCUAAUAGCGCUAUUAGAACUAUUGGAUGUAAUGUUACUAGAGAUAUUAUACAUCCAUCCCCGAGGCAUUCAAUAUCGACUUAUUCCAACGAGUCUCGUCGGUAUACUCGGUAUUGUUCAUUAUGCAUAUGCGCUUCGUUGUAGAUCAGAUACUUAUCCCUUAUUGCAAAGUAUUGCCCGUUUUCCAGAACUUGCUUUAAUAGGAAUAAUCGUCAUGUGUACUAUAUUGCAUGGGGUGGCUAUUGUGGUUACUGGAGGGAAUGUCAGGCGUAGGUUCUUCCUUGAUGCAAGGACUUUACCAACAUUGAAUCAGGAUUACACGAUGGCAUUGUAUCAAGUAGGAACAGCUUGUGUCGAAGCAACAAGAAUCGACGGAUUUCGUAACGAGCUCAAUCCGAUUGCUGUUCCAAUGGGCACAGUAUUUGAGACUAACCGGAAAAAGAACAAAAAAGCUAAUAAGAGGCGUCCAACGUGUGGAUUUGACAAUGAACAAUUGGAUGAUAGCGGAGUUUCCCUAUCUCCACCCGAACAAGAUGAUAAUCCACAGAGAUUUACAUUGCUAAGCAAUUUCUCAUAUCAGUUGUUGCAAACAGUAUCUGCAUUUGGUGGCUGGAUACUUGAAUUUGUGCCAUUUAUUAAUUUUGGACGGGCUCGUCGACAGCACAUAACACCGUCUUCUGCUUCUGGCGUUGCCGCUGCUGCAUCUGUCAACGCCGCUGCCCUUCAAGCAAGACAGCAAAGCCUAUAUCAUAACUCUGAAACUGAGGUUGACGUUGAAGAAGAGUUGUAUAAUAAAUUCCUGCAAAAUGAGGCUAUUGAUGAUCAAGAUGAUGACGAGUAUAACGAAGACAGUCAGACCGUUGAGGGCUCGGAACAAUCACAGCAUAAUUCAGCCUCGAGUUCUUCUGGAUUGCAACUAUUUAUCACUCAUCUUGUUCAUUCUCCAGUGCUCACUCGUACACAGUAUCGUAAGCUAAUCCAAACGCCACCUGCGUCUGCUGUGUAUGAUGAGGCUGCUGCUCUACUUACAUUGAUGGAAGAGCGACGGGCUGCAAUGUUUGUUGAAACCAUGCAGGCAAGCACUGGCUCAGAAGAGAUUCAAGAAGUGUCCUUGUUGUCGGAGUGA